ACCAACUGUAAUGUGAUCUGUGGACCUGAUUACACGGCGGAGACGAAGCAUUCGAUGGCUCAAAUAAACGAGAAGGAGACGUCCUUCGAGCUGGUCGAAGCUCUGCUCAAGUACAUCGAGAGUCUGCAGGUGAGCGGAGCCGUGCUCGUCUUCCUGCCCGGCUGGAACCUCAUCUACUCCAUGCAGAGGCACCUGGAGUCCAACCCGCACUUUGGGAGUAAUCGAUACCGAAUCCUGCCGCUUCACUCUCAGAUCCCCCGAGAGGAGCAGAGGAGGGUGUUUGACCCGGUUCCUGACAACAUUACGAAGGUGAUUCUGUCCACAAACAUCGCAGAGACGAGUAUCACCAUCAACGAUGUCGUCUACGUCAUUGACUCCUGCAAACAGAAGGUGAAGCUCUUCACCUCCCACAACAACAUGACCAACUACGCCACCGUCUGGGCGUCCAAGACCAACCUGGAGCAGAGGAAAGGUCGAGCCGGUCGAGUUCGACCCGGGUUCUGCUUCCAUCUCUGCAGCCACGCUCGGUUCGACCGGCUUGAGACUCACAUGACACCGGAGAUCUUCAGGACGCCGCUGCAUGAAGUCGCUCUGAGCAUCAAACUGCUGAGACUCGGAGCCAUCGGACACUUCCUGUCCAAGGCCAUCGAGCCGCCGCCGCUGGAUGCUGUCAUCGAGGCCGAACACACUCUGAAAGAGCUGGAUGCUCUGGACGUUAAUGACGAGCUGACUCCUCUGGGACGGAUUCUAGCUCGACUCCCUAUCGAACCUCGCCUGGGGAAGAUGAUGAUCAUGGGCUGCAUCUUUCACGUUGGUGAUGCGAUGUGCACCAUCUCAGCUGCUUCCUGUUUCCAGGAGCCGUUCAUCAACGAGGGGAAGCGUCUCGGCUUCGUCCAUAGAAACUUUGCGGGCGGUCGUUUCUCUGAUCACGUGGCGCUGCUGUCGGUGUUCCAGGCGUGGGACGACAUCAGGAUUAAUGGCGAGGAGGCAGAGAUUCGUUUCUGUGAACACAAACGUCUGAACAUGUCGACUCUGAGGAUGACCUGGGAGGCUAAAGUCCAGCUGAAGGAGAUCCUGGUCAACUCUGGAUUCCCUGAAGAGUCUCUGCUGACACAGAUGUUCAACGCGGUCGGACCGGACAACAAUCUGGACGUGGUCAUUUCUCUGCUGACCUUCGGCUUGUACCCCAACGUCUGUUACCACAAAGAGAAGAGGAAGAUCCUGACCACCGAGGGGCGCAACGCCCUCAUCCACAAAUCCUCAGUCAACUGUCCGUUUAGCAGCCACGACAUGAGCUACCCCUCGCCGUUCUUCGUCUUCAGCGAGAAGAUUCGAACCAGAGCGAUCUCGGCUAAAGGGAUGACUCUGGUCAGUCCGCUGCAGCUGCUGCUGUUCGCCUGCAAGAAGAUCAGCUCCGACGGAGAAAUCGUGGGACUGGACGACUGGAUCAAACUGAGGAUCCCUCAUGAGGUGGGAGGAGCCAUUGUGGCCCUGCGCGCUGCUCUGGAGGCGCUGGUGGUGGAAGUGACCAAAGACCCAGAAUUCAUCAGACAGAUGGAUCAGAGCAACGAGAGGCUGAUCAACGUCAUCAGACUCGUGUCCAAACCCACCGCCGCUGGACUCAACCUGAUGAGCACACACAGGAUGGGAGACGGUCCUCGACCUCCCAAGAUGGGACGCUUCGAUGGAGGAGGAGGUGGCUACCGGGGGGGAGGAUACGGAGGGGGAGGAGGGGGUUACAGAGGUAGGGGAGGAUAUGGAGGUGGGGGUGGGUACAGGGGUGGGGAAGGAGGGUACCGGAGUGGUGGGGGAUACAGGGGAGGUGGUGGAGGGGGUUAUGGAGGAGGAGGAGGGUAUAGAGGAGGAGGAGGUUAUGGAGGAGGAGGAGGGUAUAGAGGAGGAGGAGGGUACCGAGGAGGUUAUUAAAGUCCUGAUAUCACGGUGACAUCAUUGGUGAUGAUGACAUUCAGUCAUUUCCUGAGCUCCUUAUAUCAGCUGUGAUGAUGAUGAUGAUGAAGAUGAUAAAAUAAAUAUUCAACAUGUGAAGCUGAU